AUGGAGACACCCGUUUUGCUAACAGAUAAACAGGUGCAGGAGUUUUUAAUCAAUGGUUAUUUAAUUCUUCAGUCAAACUCUCUUGAUGGAAAUUUUCACUCAACAAUCUUUACUGAAGCUCAAUCAAUUUUACGGCGAGAUGCCAAUCCAGGCAACAAUAUCCUUCCACGGAUUCCACAACUUCAGUAUGUAUUCGAUGAUCCAGUAGUUAAAGGUGCCAUAAUAAGUUUAUUGGGUCCAACUUAUACCAUGCAACCACAUCGCCAUGCUCAUGUAACACAUCCCGGAACUGCAGAUCAAACAUGGCAUAAAGACAGUUAUUUUGGUUACCAAAAGCCACUUCGUCAUCAUCAGUUGCGUUAUGUCAUGGCUAUGUAUUAUCCUCAAGAUACAACUAUUGAGAUGGGACCCACUGCUAUUAAACCUCGAACACAAUACACUGUUAUAGAUCCGAAGAAAUGCUCAGAUUACGAAACACAAGAAACUCCUAAUAAAGAAAAUGACGAUAAAGAUAUCUAUCUUGUUUGUACAGCUGGUACUGUGUUAUUAAUUCAUUAUGAUAUUGUGCACAGAGGAACAGCCAAUCGAACACGUUGUUUACAUCGUUAUAUGUUUAAAUUUCAGUUUACUCGACUAGAAGAACCAUCUCAACCAACAUGGAAUCAUGAUCCAGAAAACGCCUGUUACGAUGCAGCUGACGCAGGAAUAUUACAACCGAUUGUCAAGCAUAUUUGGAACUGGAUGCUAUGCCGUGUCAUCACGUUACAACAACCUCCAAUUGAUCAAGAUAUCAGCACGUGGAAAAUACAGCUUAAUGAUCAAGAUGGAAAAAUUCGUCUUAAUGCAGCUUAUAAUUUAGCUAUGAAUAAUGAAUACAAUAUCUUAAUCGAACGAUUAUAUAAGAACAAAGGAACUUCGCGCUUUGAAGCGGCAUAUGCAUUAACGGCUUGUCGAUAUAAUAAAGAGGCAAUCGCUGAAUUACAAUCAGUGUUAAUCAAAGGAGAAAAUAAUGAAUCUAUAGCAUAUUGUAUAGCAUUUAUCUUUUCCGAAAUGGGUUCAACAGCAUUGGAUACAUUACCAUUAUUGAUACGCAUCGUUGAAACAAAUCAUUCGAGCUUAGUGAAACAAUACUGUUGCGAAGCAUUGGGAACUAUCCAAUUAAAUACACAGGAAUAUAUUGAUAUGGUCGUACGAUGUUUGACAAAAGUUCUUGCUGAUCGAGAUCAGCACGAAGAUACUAAAGAAGCAUCUCAUAUCAGAUUUACGGCUGCAUUAUCCUUAGCUAAACUUGGUGUCAAAGCAAUACAAGCAAUACCUAGUUUAAAAGACGCACUUUAUCUGGAUCAAAAUCGAUAUGUAAACGCGAAUGCAUUACUCGCUUUGAAAAGAAUCGGAACGAAUGACGCGUUUAAUAUUGUUUUGCAUUAUCUUGAAAUAUCACGGUGGUGUGCAAAGACAACAGCAGCUAGUCCAUAUUAA